UGUCAUUAUCAGUAAUGUCAAUGAAUAGUGUUGUCACCGAAGCGAUUCAUUGUUUUGUUGUUUUCUCCUAAACCCUGUUGAUCAUCAUCAGCCGUCCUACAUUCAGUUUGAUUAGCUUUAAAUGAUUCGCGCAGAGUGAUCAAGCACGACUUGAUGUGAACGUGGUUCGACAGUGUAUUAGAAAGCAAUGGGGAUUUUCGGGAACUCAUCGCCUUUCGACCAAGAUGUCGAAAAGGCGACAAACGAGAACAACUCGAGCGAAGACUGGGCCUUAAUCCUAGAGAUCUGCGACCGUGCGGGCGCCGGGGCGACCGCGGCGAGGGAUUGCCUGCGCGCCGUCACGCGACGAUUGGCCCACACCGACCCUCAUGUGCAACUGAAGGCCGCAACCCUCCUCGACGCCUGCGUCUCCAAUUGCGGCCGCAAUUUCCUCCUAGAGGUCGCCUCUCGCGACUUUCUUCACGAGUUCCGUCGUCUGUUAGCGCGAGCCCAGCCCCCUGUUGCACGCAGACUUAGAGCCCUUCUUCGAAAAUGGGCGGAAAACGAGUUUAGAGGGGAUCCUCAGCUUGAUUUGGUGCCUUCAUUGUAUUUGAAGCUACGCGUUGAAGGCCACGACUUCGAAACCAACGAACCAACCGCCGCGCCCGCCCCGUCCGCCAGCUCCGCCGCCGCCGCGCGCGAGCACGACGAGCUGGCGCGCGCCAUCGAGCUGUCGCUGCGGGAGAGCGGCGGCGGCGGGGGCGGCGGCGGCGCGCUGUACCCGCGCGUGGACGAGGCCGCGCCGCCGCCGGCGCCCGUGCCCGCCGCGCCCGCGCCGAGGAAAGUGCGCGCGCUCUACGACUUUGAAGCUGCAGAGGAUAAUGAGCUCACGUUUUUGGCUGGAGAGAUACUGUGGGUGACGGACGCGAGCGACCCCAACUGGUGGAAGGGGAGCAACGAGCGCGGCGAGGGGCUCUUCCCUGCUAACUUUGUCAGUGCUGAUCUAGAGCCUGCUCCAACUUUUCCCACAGAGACCGAGUCGCGUUCAGGCGGCAAGAGCGUUCAAUUCGCUGCCUCCUCUGGUGCUAUUCAAGAGGAAGUAGAGGAGGAACCGGAAAUAGAUGAAGCGGCGUUGGACGCGGCGUUGCUCGCGUUACACGAGGCCAGCCCCGAGGCACCGGCGCCAGGGGAAGAGGAUCUUGCUAGGCAUGAGGCCCGAGCGCUCCGGCAAGCCGGCGUGGUGGACGCGGCGCUGCAGCGUGCCGACGCGCGCCACGCGCGCCUCACGCAGCUGUCCGCCGAGCUGGUGGACGCGCUCAACCUCUACCACCACCUCAUGCGGGAGCCCCUGAAGCCGUACAACAUGCCGCAGCCACAUAUGCCGGGGGUGCCCCCUGGUGUGCCAGGCGUGCCGGGCGCGCACCUGCAGCAGCUGCACUACUUCCCGCCGCCCGGCGCGCAGCACCCGCCCGGCCCGCCGCCGCAACCCAGGUGCUGAGACCCCGGAUGCGUUGUUAAUACGAUUUUAUUUUAUUGUUAAUCUUGUACCCGUAUUUAUUUCCAAAUCGCACGUUAGUCGCAGAAUCGCAUUCCGUGCCUCCGCGCACUGUUUGUACCUUAAAGGGUUAGGUUAGUUUUAAAAUUAUCUGAGACCCUAUUCGGAUGUAUUUAUUAAUUCUUAAUAUCGCUGAUUUUUUUAUAUGACGGUCUAUUUAUCAAAUACAAUAGACAACACUGUGUUAGAAAACAGAUAUUGCAGAAAAUUAUUAUUCUUUACUGCACCAUAAUUAAAAACAGAUUGUAAAUAAAGGUAGCAACAGGCGGUCUUAUCGCUGUAAGCGAUCUCUUCCAAACAGCCUUAGGAUAGCAGGAUAUAAAGAACAAAAAGUGUUAAACACGAAUUAAAAAAAAAUUGAAAAGAUGUAGGUAGUCUAAGAGAAAUUAUUGACCUGAGUUUCAAAUAGCCCACCAAACGAAGACCAAAAACAGCCCGAUGGCGGAAAUAAUUCGCGUAUAAGCGAAUUUUGGUAUAAUAUUUGGUGGCCUAAAAGCUGGAUUAGAUGGCGCUGUACGAAAAAAUACGAUGGGAAAGGAUUGUUCACAACAUCUGUAUUUAUUUUAGACUUAACACAUGUUAUACACUCAAUAUACAGUGUGUCCCUAGCCAUUGGACAAAGCCGAAAUGUACAUAUGCAUUAGGGUAUUUAGAACCAGCAUACAAAGUAUCAUAACAACCGGUGUAGCGGUUACGAAGAAAUUAACUAAUUACCAUUUUUCACUUUGGAGCAGCCUGUAUGUGUUAGUAGCUCCUGAGAUAAUAUGUUCAAAGAAUAGUAUGGAACCUUCUUCGACCUUUUUGAUUAUCUUUUUUAUUUAUGACACUAAUAAGAUUCUGACUUUUGAAAAAUGUCAUCAUUAUCAAAUAUUUCGAACAAAUUGUCAAAAACACUGCCAAAGAUUAAUACAGUCUGUUUCUUCUUGUUGUCGAUUAUUGCAAAUAACUUUUGAUCGAUUUUUUUUUUAUAUUUUGUUCUAAUUUAAAAAAUAUGAACGGUAGAGCAUUCCUGAGAGUAGCCCUACGUGGGAUUUCAGGGUUUUUCCAAUGGCUAAGGACACACUGUAUAUUUGGUCUUAGGGCGUCCGCAUGCUGCCGCGGGUGCACGGAGCGGGUGGUAUAAUUCCAAUUUCAAAGCAAGCAAUUGCAAGCGGUAGCGGCACCCCCGUUCUAAAUCGUUUAAAAUCGCUUGCGGUGGAAAUCGGGAUUUUACCUUUAGAGAUCAUAAAAAACAUAGCGAUGUCACGCACUGUCAAUAAAUAUUUUCGAAUAGGGCUGUUUUAUUCCCGUGUAAGAAAUAUUAAAGAGUUAUUUAAAUCGUCGGAGUUGUCGAUGGAAAUAUUUUAAUCGAAAUUUGUCUGUAAGCAAGUUUGUGUAUCAUAAUGGACAUGCAAUAAAAGACUAAUCAUUAUAA